UCAACAGCAGCUGCCCAGCAAUGGCCCCUCUUUCCGUUUAGGCUCUUUGGUUGUCUUAACGCUGUCAAAUAUCGCGGUAGCCGCCUCCCUAAUCACUACGUAAUGUGCCGUGCUGCUUCAAGCGGCGCUGGUGACAGUGCUGAAAGCUGUUGGGUAUGAAGUGAAACGGAACUGAAUUUUUGUACCAUCCGCAACUGCUUCAAGUUCAGAUCAUAACAAAGAAACCGAAGAUCAACCUCCCCAAGACAAGCAAAGUUGCAACACCGAAGACACACUGAAAAAAAGGAUCACUUCAACGGUUUAAAACACAAGAAGUAACCAAAUCCUGAAACGACCAAAGAAGACACACAUCAGCCCAAUUGAAACACAGAAGAGAAGCAAUCCUAUGCCCAAGCAUAUUCUGAGAAGACAAUAACUGAUCUGAAACCAGAAGUUUGUGCCUACUCAACAGCUUUGACAAAGCACACGUCCCAACGCUGCUCCUAGCCCUCCUCAUCCUCACCACACCACCGACUCACCGGGGUGUGGAGUGGGCUGCUAUCUGCUAGUUUUUUUUUCUCUCCCCCAUAGUUCCUCCGGUCUUCCCUCCCUCUACUCUCACACUGUUUUCAUUAUAAUUUUUUUCUAAGCAGUGUUAUUGCACCUGCGUUUUGCCUUUUUUUUUUUUGAGCUAGAUUUCUCCCCCUUUUUGCUUUAUGCAACCAUCUAGAACUUGUGCCAGAAACCUGUAACAAGUGUGUGUGUGUGUGUUUGUGUGUGUUUGUGUGUGUGUGUGUGUGUGUGUUCAACUGUGUGCGUGAAGAGAUCUGCAGGACCUGCAUAGUCACCGAGAUCCUAAGAAUUACAAGAUUCAAGACGACAAAUAAAGACAUCCAGCGGUGUAUCAUUUGGGUGGUUACAUAAAAAUAGUACUUAACAGUCAAGCAAAAACAUUCAAACAAGUAAUCAAGUUCAGCAAGUGCUCAAGCAACUUUGGUCCGAGUUUAUGGGAAAAUAUGGGCAGCCCCUGGAAAGGCUUUGUUGAGUUUACCUUGCCUGCGUCGCCACCCACCGCGUUUGUUAGCGCUGACCUGAGCAGCACCUCCCCUGUCGGACUCAGCCUGUCGCCAUAUGGCCGAUCCAUGAGUUUUGACCCAGGCAUGCUCCAUAACAAUGGACACACUGCAUACGCCACAAACGGCACAGGGCCUGGCAUUAGAGAGACUGGUGUAGUGGAGAAACUUCUGACUUCUUACGGGUUCAUCCAGUGCUCCGAACGUCAGGCUCGUCUCUUCUUCCACUGUUCCCAGUACAAUGGCAACCUGCAGGAGCUUAAAAUAGGGGAUGAUGUAGAGUUUGAGGUAUCCUCUGACAGGCGCACUGGCAAGCCCAUAGCAGUGAAGCUGCUAAAGAUAAAGCCAGAGGUGCUGCCAGAGGAGCGCAUCUCGGGCCAGGUGGGGCCAGACCUGCACGCCUAUCCCUUUACUGUGCUGCAUGGUUAUAUUCAUCCAGUUGUCUCAGCAAUCCCGGUGCACUUGGAUGGAAAGUCUGCUCCUGGCCAGGUGCCCACUGGCAGUGUUUGUUACGAAAGAAACGGGUGGUGUGAUGUUCCACAGGAAGUGUUCUACCUUACCUACACUCCUGACGACGUGGAGGGUAAUAUCCACCUGGACACAGGCGACAAAGUCAGCUUUUACAUGGAGACCAACAAGCAUACCGGUGCAGUCAGCGCUCGUAAUAUUCAACUUGUGAAGAAAAAGCAAAUGAGAUGCCAGGGUGUGGUGUGUGCUACAAAGGAGGCGUUUGGAUUCAUUGAGAGAGCCGAUGUGGUGAAGGAGAUCUUCUUUCACUACAGCGAGUUCAAGGGUGAUCUGGAGGCUCUGCAGGCUGGAGAUGACGUUGAGUUCACCAUCAAAGACAGAAAUGGUAAAGAAGUAGCCACAGAUGUGAGGCUGCUCCCCCAAGGAACGGUCAUCUUUGAGGAUAUCAGCAUUGAGCAGUUCGAAGGCACUGUCGUCAAGGUCAUUCCCAAGGUUCCCACCAAAAACCAGAACGACCCUCUACCAGGUCGUAUCAGUGCCCGGAUUGGUUUCACUGAUAAGGAACUGCCGUUUGGUGAGAAGGACACAAAGUCCAAGGUGACCCUUUUGGAGGGAGAUCACAUACAGUUCAACAUCUCCACCGACCGCCGAGACAAGCUGGAGAGGUCUACCAACAUCGACAUCCUCCCAGACACCUUCAACUUCACCAAGGAGACCCGUGAAAUGGGUGUGAUUGCGGCUAUACGUGAUGGCUUUGGCUUCAUUAAGUGUGUGGAUCGGGAUGCCAGGAUGUUCUUUCAUUUCAGUGAAGUUCUAGAGGAGAGCCAACUGCACAUCUCCGAUGAAGUGGAGUUCACUGUUGUGCCUGUAGGUCCUGUUUAUAAGCUUUUCACAAAAGAUAUGCUGUCUGCUCAGAGGAACCAUGCAGUGCGCAUCAAGAAGCUGCCCAAGGGCACAGUGUCCUUCCAUACCCAGUCUGAGCAGCGCUUUGUGGGUGUGGUGGAAAAGGAAGUUGUGGCAACCCCCAACAAGAAUACUAGUCCCACCAAGACCAAGGAGAAGGAAGCUGAGGAAGGAGUUAUUGCAUAUGAAGACUGCGGAGUGAAGCUCACUGUGCCAUACCAUACCAAGGACCUGGAGGGAGGAGGCUACCCACAAGUCGGAGACAAGGUGGAGUUCUCUAUCAACGAAGUGAAGCGAACUGGCCAGCAGAGCGCAGUCUCCAUCAGGGUCCUCAACCGUAACGCCUCCAAUGCGAAGAGACUGCAUGGAUUUGUUGCCACACUGAAGGACAACUUUGGCUUCAUUGAGACAGCAAAUCAUGACCAGGAGAUUUUCUUCCACUACAGUGAAAUGUGUGGAGACUUGGAGAACUUGGAGCUGGGCGACACUGUGGAGUACACUCUCUCUAAGGGAAAAGGAAACAAAGUUAGCGCUGAAAAGGUUACUAAAGUGGCUGCAGUGAAUGGCAUUGGUGAGGAUGUCGGUGCGACAGUGAUGAUGGGGAAAGUCAUCCGUCCCUUACGCAGUGUGGAUCCCUCCCAAACGGAAUACCAAGGGCUUAUUGAAGUCACAGAGGAAGGUGGAACUAAAGGCCAGAACUAUCCCUUUGGAAUCAUGGGUAUGGCAAAUAAGGCAGAUUGUCUGCAGAAAGGAGAACUUGUGAAGUUCCAGGUUUGCACAGUUGCUCAAACUGGACAGAAGAUGGCCUGUAAUGUGGUCCCUCAACGCAGAGCCAUGGUGGAGUGUGUCAAAGACCAGUUUGGCUUCAUCACAUAUGAAGUUGGUGAGAGCAAGAAGCUGUUCUUCCAUGUAAAAGAAGUGCAAGAUGGCCUGGAGCUCCAGACCGGGGAUGAGGUGGAGUUCUCUGUUGUCCUCAAUCAACGCACAGGAAAAUGUAGUGCCUGUAAUGUACGCAGAGUGAGUGAGGGGCCUAAACCGGUGGUGACUCCGCGUCCUGAUCGUCUGGUGAACCGAUUGAAGAGCAUCACUCUUGACGACGCCAGUGCUCCUCGCCUGGUCAUUGUGAGACAGCCCCGUGGUCCUGACAAUUCAAAGGGCUUCAAUGUUGAGCGCAAGACCCGCCAGCCAGGUGUCAUUGACUGAGCAAUACAGAGCCCCGCCCUGUUUGGUGUUGGUGGGAUGCUGUCCCAAAGGGCAACAGCAGGGGAUAAGGGAAUUAAAUUUAACACAUGCUUGUACACAAACUCAUACACAAAACAUACGCACACAUACAGUAAUCGGCAUGUGUAAUCUUUGUCCCCAUUGAUACCUGCGUGGGAACUUUUUUCAUUCCACAGUUCCCUGCCUCCCAUGUAUGAUGUACUUGAUAAAGAGUUCCACACU